UCUUGUGGUUCUUUUUAGGUAUCCAGUAGGAAAAGCACUCUCCAGUGUUCAUCUGUGGAACUGGAUGGUUCCUACUUGAGUGUAGCCAGACCACAAACCUGCUAUCAAACCAAGCAAAGACCUAAGUCUGCAAUCCAGGAUUCAGCUUCAGAAUCCCUUAUAGGGUUUAGGAAUAAUUCUUUGAAACCAGUAACUCUUCGUCAUCCCAAAGAUGAUCUAGAGAAGAUACCAUCAGAGACCAGAACAUGUAAUUAUGAAUCUCCAGGGAGAAAACCAGUAGAAGCAGUCCUGACAGAGAAAAUGCCCCAAGAAGAAUUGCAGAGAAAGGAAUGUCGACACCUUAAGCCUAUUCCUAGUCAGUGCUGUGGUCACAGACUUGCUGCAGAUCGUGUUCAUGAGAGCCACCCUACAAACACGGCCCCUCAAUAUCCUAAGACACAUCCAGAAUCAUGCAGUUAUUGUGGGCUUUCUUGGGCAUCUCUGGUGCAUGGCGAAGGGGUGCUGCAACCCAAUGAAACUUUGAAAAAGCAGAUCUCAGAAGAGAGAAGGCAGCAACUGAUGCUUCAAAAAAUGGAGCUAGAAAUUGAAAAGGAGCGCCUUCAGCACCUCCUGGCCCAGCAGGAGACAAAGCUUCUUCUAAAACAGCAGCAGCUUCACCAGUCUCGACUGGAUUACAAUUGGUUAAGAACUCAGGCUGUGUUUAAGUCAAGAGAACUGGUUCCUGAAAAAGAGCUUACUAAACCCCAAGAACUCAAACUGGAUAUGAAUGGCAGUGACUCUGGACCAAGUUUAUUAAAGUCAGACUACGAUGGCUGGCUGCUUGGAACGUCAUCAUCUGUUAAAAAGUACCAAGACUCCCCAAACAGUGGAGAGAAUAGGAAGGAGAAGAAGACAGUUGGGUUUCAUUCACAUAUGAAAGAUGAUGCCCAGUGGUCAUGUCAAAAGAAAGAUACAUACAGACCCCAAAGAGGGACAGCAACAGGAGUUAGAAAAGAUGCGUCCACAUCUCCCAUGCCAACAGGAAGCCCAAAGGAUCUUGUCACCACAGCCUCACCAUCAUUACAGCACACCACCUCCCGGUAUGAGACAUCUUUGUUGGAUUUGGUUCAGUCUCUGAGCCCAAACUCUGCUCCCAAACCUCAGCGCUAUCCCUCCAGAGAAGCUGGGUCCUGGAAUCACGGUACUUUCCAACUCAGUCCUCCAAAAUUGACCCGGAAGAAGAUGGGGAUGCACAGGACCCCUGAAGAGCUGGAGGAGAAUCAAAUUCUGGAAGAUAUAUUUUUUAUUUGACAUACUGCAAAACUUUCCUAGGAAAUUUUUGGGUUUCCUCUCAUACUGAUCUAGGAUUUUAAAUUAUUUCAUUGCAAAGUAAUUGUGUCUCUCCUUUCACAAGGACCUGUAUCACUCGCAUCCUGUUAUGUAUUGAAUAUAGAAAUCAUUCUAACAACCCAGGGUGUUUUCAGUCAGACCGGGCAUUCGAUAACACCCUAAGGGGGUAGGAAUGGAAGAUGGUAUCUUUUUUAUGCUAAACAGAGAUUAGAAAAUUAACAUAGGAUACUUUCUGCGUGGUGGAAACCAUUGCAUAUUCAGCCUCAUUUCAAGAGUGUGUCCUUCUCAAACUUCUGCUAGAAAAGGCUGGUUCACUUUUAUAUACAAGAAAAACCUUUCCACUGAAAGAUCCCUCUAAUUUAAAAGUAACCCCUUUGAAACAUAAGCAGUUUCAGAAAGACAGACCCUCUCACCUUUCUCAUCCAAUUCUCUCACAGCUAUGUCUCUAAGUGGUCCUUUAAUUCUGAAGUUGGAGUUGGUGCCCUUGCCAUCACAAACAACACUGAGGGCCAACUGUGAGUCCGUCUCAGUAGCCAUCAGCCUGGUGGCUGCUCAUUCCAUAACCAAAGAGCUCAGUGAGCUAGAGGGUGAGACCCAGCCAAUCCUUGGGAGCAGGCAGCACGAAACCAUGUCAGGGACUGAUUGCCCUGGGGAUAUUCAGUGGAGGCACAAGCCUGAAGCACUUUUCCUACCGAUGUUCAGGUGACCACCCCUCCGAUAUCCCAGAAUGAAUAAGAGCAAUCUCUAGGUAUUUUUUUAUUGAUCCAAGUAUUCAGUUUAUUCACCCUCCAUCACAUGUACUCCUGUGAACUUCCCAAAGUUGUGUCUGGAGAAAAUACCACUAGAGAGAGAAUGACACUAGUUGCUGCAAGCUGAUGGGCUUCCUCUGGCCCUCCCUUUUCCUCCAUGGGGAUUAAAGAAUACAAGUUGACCAGGCCUUGCAGGUGCUCUGCUCAUGGUCCCAAAGAACCAUCUCUACUUCCCAGAGCAUUUUCCACCACCCAAGCAGGAUCUCCCUGCUUUUUCUCACUGGGCCUCGCUUUGACCCAGAGAAAACCUGUGCAAGUUACGCAGUGCAGACCUCAUCCUCUCUGCUGUCUUUUCUCCCGCAGAGCUCUUGAGAUGGGUCCUUCAGCUUGCAGUGGGCUCUAGUAGCCUCUUGAGCUAAUGGGGAUGAUGACCCUGGUUUAACCAGAGUUCAAAACUCUCCAGUCAUUGAAAGCAAGGGGAGGGUAUGCCAGGGCAGCCUGCAUGCAGUGAGCCUGCAUGGCUUCUCUGAAUUAUUGUUUUAAUUGAAACUAAAUUAUUUCAAUCUAGAAAAGCCUUGUUGAGCAGCCUCCUUGUCCAGAUAGAUCGAAGCUCGUGUCUCUUCAGGCUGAACCUGGCCCUGUUGCCUCCACCCAGCCUUCUUUCACUUGGAUUUUUUUAUUCUUUGGAAGAUAAAAGAAUGGAGCCCACCAAUAUUCCAUUUUUCUUCUGAAAUAAAUAGAAGGUCAGGACUAACUAGUUGUAGUCAUUUCCUUAAAAAGUUGGAAGAUCAUUACAGAUUAAAAUUUCCUUGUAAAGUUCACUUCUGAGAGUAAUCAAAUCAGUUUUGUCCCAUACCAAAAAGCCUUUGGAGUAUGGUGCUUUCUGUGGUAUGGCAGAAAUGGGUGGAUGGCAAACUGAGCUCUCAGCCGUUUUUAGGUUGCCAGAACUUGCUUUUCCCUGCCCGCUGUGUCAUGACCAGCUUACGUGCACCUGACUCCCAUAGACUAACCAUGCCCACAGUCACCCAUUCCAGACUCCAGUGUCCUUAAAACUCUCUGGAGUGAGAGGAUGCCAGAGGAUCAAAGAAAGGUCACAGAAUAAUUGUAAACAGAAUCUGAAACUAAAGGCUUUUGGGGGUCACAGCCAUAGAGUAGAGUUUAAUUGUUUCUUUGCCUCUCCAUGAAUGGCCAAUUUGGAAAAGCAAAGAUGGACUUUCAGCAGAGCAUCAGUCAACACAUUUUUCACAUGCCAAACCCAUCACCAGUUGCCUUUUUUUCAUUUGUGGACAUUUUGUUGGUGUUGGUGCAAGGGCACUAGGAUAUAAAUUUAUGUAUAAUCUAAUGUCUUCAUUAUUAAUUGAACAGUACGUGCUAACAUUUUAACCUGUUUAGAUAUACUUUGAAAUAUAUACAUAUAUAUGAAUGAAAGGGUUGUUGCAGAGCCUCCAAGCUAUUGCAGACUAUCCCAAGAGAAAGGAGCUGGCACAGAGGAAUCUGCCUUUCCUCCCUGUCAAUCUCCCGCCCUUUACUGGUUGGAAUUUGCCUUUAGACACUUUUCGUCUAGCCUUUAGACACUUUCCCAAAGCAAGACUGGACGCAUACUGAGGGGGCUGCGGAUAGUGCCACGGCAUUGCCCGCCCUGCUGCCCACCUCCUGUGAGAGAAAAGCCAAUCAAUGUUUACAAGAUGGAAAAGGACACAGCAUGUCCUUUGAACUCCCUAAGUAAGGCCUGCAGUGCUUGACUUAGAGAACCAGAGUUAAUCACAGAAAAGCUUUUGCUGGCAGUCCCCUUCCCGGAGGCACACUUGUGUUUGUCCAAACCUGAUCCCCAUGAUGGGGACUUUUCUAGAGCACCCCAAAUGGCAUGGGGAAGGAAGGACUCUUUCUCCUCCCUCAGAGCCACUCUUCACUUGGCCCUGCUUCUGGCACCAAGUUCAUAAUAGAGAACUGCUGGCCAGAGAAUCAGGGGAGGAGAGAGGUCUGAUGGAGCAGAGCUGCACGAAGUCUGCUAAGAGCAAUGGAGACUGGCGGACUCCUAGCUCACAGUUUAUCCUCAGCUCAGAGUGUAUUUUGAAUGUGGGCAAAUGUUUAUGUACGUAUGAGAUUUUAAGUUAAUAAAUCAUCUCUAUGGCUAUUUUCCCCA